CUUCCUCCCAGGGGCGGACUGACCAUUUGGAAACUCGGGCACUGCCCGAGGGCCUGGGGUCAGUAGGGGGCCCCAUGAGAUGCCCCUGGUAUCUUUUUCAUAGGUUUUUUGAGUUUGGGCAAGGACACAGGGGCCCCAUGAUCCCCUAUUGCCCAGGGGCCCCAAGAGUUGUCAGUCCACCCCUGCUUCCUCCACAUUUGGAACCAUCUGUCUAUGAUGCAUGACAAGGGAAAGUAUUUGGUAUAGCAGAGUUCAAUGUUUGGUUAAAAGAUUGGUGCAAAGCUUAAGGUG